CAGAUAUGGACAAAAAUAGCAGCAAUUCAUUUGGUAAAAGGCCUUUGAAAAGAUUGGUACCUGCUUCGGCGUACCAGGUUGACCGAUCAUUUGGGAAGGAUUCAUGUACAAAAUUUCCCAAGGCUUUUAGUUCACCUUACAAUUUCAAUGGGAAGCUAAAGUCGAUGUUUUCAUCUUUCCUUACUGAAAAGGUUAUUGAAGAUAUUGUUCAUGUUGUACUCACAAAUAACAUUGGGAAACCUAAGGAUUUCGAAGCGUGGUCACAAUCUUUAGUUUGUGAUGUGCUCAACUGUUUUCACAAUCCCCAACAUGUGAAUGAGCGUACAAUCAGCAACAACUCAAUAGGUUUUUAUCCGACUAAACCUUCUAAAUCAUUUUAA